AUGAAGAUGUACGAAAUUCGGGCGCUGAGCGACCAGCAAAUCGACGAGGAAUUGCAGAAGUCCUAUCGGGAGCUCAUGAACCUGCGCUUCCGGGACGCCGUGAACCAGUUGACCGACACCAACCAGCCUCGCAAGACCCGCAAGGACAUCGCGCGAAUGCUGACCUGCUUGCGAGAGCGGCAGGCUGAGACUAGCUUAAUGGCCAAGACAAUGCGAAAGAUCCGGGUGGGCUCCGUAGUGAGCACCCGGAUGGACAAGACCGCCGUUGUGGAAAUAGUGUGGAAGCAACGCCACCGGGUCUACCGAAAGCAGAUGCGCCGCGUUACGCGCUUCUACGUCCACGACCCAGAAGUGGAGUGCCGCAUCGGCGACACGGUGCGCAUCCAGGAGACGCGCCCGAUCUCGCGGACCAAGCACUGGAGGCUCCUGGAGAUCCUGACGCGGCGUGCGGUGGCCGACGUCCGCGCGAUUGACCUCGAAGGCGAUGCGGUGAUCGAGCCGCUGGUUGAUGCGGACACUGAUUACGCGGGAGCCGAAGACGCGGGAACCGAUGAUGCGUCGCCGGCCGACGACAUGGCCGAAGAAAAUACCGAUGACGACGAGGAUGCGUAA